AUGAACGGCCAGAAUUUUGACGACAGUGACGAAGACGACAACUUUAAUCCGCAACCUGCCGAUUUAUCAGACAACGAAGACUUUGAUUCAAACCCUACCAACCGAAACAAUACUAAUGGUAAAUAUGAUGAAGAUUCUGAUGCGGAGCCUUCGCGUGCCGCGAAGAAAGUAGCUACUGUUGAGGGUGACGACGAAGAUGCUGAGGGAGAAGACGUUUCUCCAGAUAUUAACGAAGACGAAGAGGAGGAGGAUGAAGAAGACGAAGAAGAGGUUCAUGGCCACCGUCGUAAGCGUCGGCGUGAGCGCCGCAAUCAAUUCCUGGACGUCGAAGCCGAAGUCGAUGAAGAUGAAGACGAAAACGAAGAUGAUGAGGACGAGCUCAACGAGAUCAAGGACAAUUUUAUCGCAGAUACCCAUCCUGAUGAUCUCGCUGACCUACCAGUCGGUCUUGAAACUGAUGAUAGGCGACAUCGCGAACUUGAUAGACGGCGAGAAGUAGAGGCUAGUAUGGAUGCUGAGAAGCAAGCCGAAAUUCUUAGACAAAGGUAUGGUGCAAAAGGACGAUCUAAUCGAGGAGUGGGAGACUCCGCCGUUGUGCCCAAAAGACUAUUGCUCCCAUCUGUCGAUGAUCCUAGUAUAUGGGCAGUACGGUGUAAAGAGGGAAAAGAGAGGGAAUCUGUGUACUCAAUUAUGAAGCGCAUCGAUGAAAGAAUGGGAACGAAGGAUGAGCUCGCAAUAACAUGUGCAUUUGAGCGUGGAGGAACUGCGUCAACCAUGAAAGGAUUUAUUUACAUUGAAGCACAGAGACAAGCAGAUAUUCUUUCUGCAUUAGAUGGGAUUAUGAACGUGUAUCCUCGGACCAAGAUGAUGCUUGUGGAGAUCAAGGAGAUGCCGGAUUUGCUGAGAGUCUCGAAAACACCUUCACUGCAGCCAGGAGCUUAUGUUAGACUUCGGCGUCCCGCCAAAUAUGCCGGUGACCUCGCACAGGUUCAGGAAGUCACUGAUACUGGCCUAGAAAUGCGAAUAAGAUAUGUGCCUCGUUUAGAUUACGGCAUGCACGAAGACACCAAUGUCGUAGCAGACUCUUUUGGCGCCAAAAGAAAGAGAGCUAUGGCUGGUCCCCGCCCUCCACAACGUCUGUUUAGUGAAGUAGAAGCAAGAAAGAGACAUGCCAAAUACAUUCACGGGAAUCCUAGCACGAAAACGUGGAACUAUCUAGGGGACGAAUACGUAAAUGGAUACUGUGAAAAAGAAGUUAAAAUCCAAACCUUGAUAACGAAGGAUGUGAACCCAACUCUUGAGGAGGUUACAAGAUUUGCAUCUGGGGCCGAAGAUGGAACGGAAAACUUGGACCUAAACGCACUCGCUGCAAGCCUCAAAGCAAGCACUGCGAAUGCUUCCUAUCUGCCAGGAGACAUAAUCGAAGUAUACGAAGGAGAACAAAAAGGUGUUGUUGGAAAAGUCGUAUCUGUGCAGAGCGACAUUGUUACAAUGUCUGUCUUCGACGGCGCCCUAAAGAGUCAAACCAUCGAAGUCCCUAUAAAGGGGCUUCGAAAGCGAUUUAAGGAGGGAGAUCACGUUAAAGUCAUUGGUGGAAGCCGAUUUCGAGAUGAAGUCGGUAUGGUUGUGAAAAUUUCAGAUGACCGAGUCACCCUUCUGACAGAUCAGAGCAAUACUGAAAUUACCGUAUUCAGCAAAGACCUGCGGGAAGCUAGCGAUUCAGGAGGCAGCGGAUCCCUUGGUCAGUUUGAACUUUGGGACUUGGUUCAGCUAGACCCUGCGACUGUUGCCUGUAUCGUUAAGGUUGAUCGAGAAUCACUUGUUGUCCUGGAUCAAAACAGUCAGACGCGGACAGUAAUGCCAUCUCAGAUCUCAAACAAGCUCGAAAGGCGAAAGAAUGCUGUCGCUACAGACAAAAAUGGUUCCGAGGUUCGUGUAGAUGAUGUCGUUAAAGAGUCUGCUGGUGAGUGUAGGACUGGAAAGAUCAUUCACAUACAUCGAGCCUAUCUAUUUUUAAGGAGUGCUACUCACAGUGAGAACGCUGGUGUUUUUGUCACUAGGACUGUUAGUGUUGCGACCGUUUCAGCCAAAGGCGGCAGGGUGAUUGGGACCCCGGGCGGCUCACCUGACCUCAAUUCGAUGAAUCCUGCCAUGAAACGUAAUCUGACUGUUCAUCCCGAGCCGGCACCUCCCAAGUUUUUUGGGAGAGAUCGCUCAAUCGGUCAGACUGUAACUAUUCGGAAAGGGCCCUACAAGGGACUUCUAGGAAUAGUCAAGGAUACCACCGAUACACAUGCCAGAGUUGAGCUACAUACAAAAAGCAAAACCGUUAAUGUCCCGAAAGAUUCGCUUGGCUUUAAAGACAUGAUUAGCGGAAAGUCCAUAGACCCAUUGUCAAGGGGUGGCCGUUUCGGUGGGGCUGGAAGGGGUGGAGGGGCACCUCGGGGUGGUAGAGAAAACUUUGGUGCUCCUAAUGCUGACUUUGAUGGAGGAAGAACUCCAAACGCUGCCAGUAUAGGUAGAACCCCGGCAUGGGGAUCUUCUAGAACUCCCGCUACGGCUAUUGAUCAAGGAGGACGAACGCCAGCUUGGAAGAUGCCUGAUUCAGGUGGACGUACGCCUGGAUGGGUCGCAGAUGGAUCGCGGACUGUCAAUCCCUACGAUGGUAACCGGACCGCUUACGGCGGAGGAAAUAGAACGCCGGCUUGGACUUCAGGCUCGAAGACACCAGCUUAUGGGGCUCAAAAUGAUCCUUUCUCUACUGGAUCAAGGACACCUGGAUAUGUUGCUGGUGACGCUUGGGGCUCUAAAACACCGGCCUAUCAGGAAUCCAGUAACGAUUGGGCAUCAAGUCAGCCAGCUGCGAAUAACUCCUGGGGAACUAAAGCAUACGAUGCGCCGACACCAGCUGCUCAUUUAGCCUCUGGUCUUGGGGGACCACAGAAUGCGCCAACCCCAGGUCCAUUUUCUGCGCCAACUCCUGCACCAUUUUCUGCACCAACACCAGCUGCAGCUCCAACUCCCGCUCCUAAUUGGGGAAGCAGUGGGUGGGGAGCCUCAAACUUGCAGGCUAUAGAUGCACCUACCCCUGCCCCUCAGCAAGGAUACUAUACGGCCCCAACACCCGGAGCAUAUGGCGUGCCCGAGACUCCAGCUGCAAAUUGGCAGGAAGAAGUGCCACGGUAUGUAGAAUGA